AUGUCAUUUCAAAAUAGCUACUCAAAUAAAAACGAAGGAGAUUAUUACUAUGGAAGUGAAAUUGCAAUUGGAUUUGCGUUUUUAAUUUUAAUGAGUUUAAUAUGUAUGUGCUGUGAUUUUGAAGAGCCGCCGGAUGUUUAUUUGGAGCGUGUCCUUCAGGAAAGAAGAGAUAGACUUGCAUCAAGCACCUCUAGAACUCCCUACACUCGUCUUGAAGAAGUCACGACUGAUCUUAAUAAGAAUAACUCUACAGCAUCCAAAACUCAAACUGAAGUUAGUAGAAUUUUGUCAAAAGACAGAGUCAAUCGGUAUUCUGGCCAUGAAUUCGGACACUCAACUCCAAGACAGAUUUCACAUCCUGCUUCUACUUCAGUUGACAUUGCUGCUCAAAGAUCAUCUAGUUUUUCAGCUUAUGAUACAGCAAAGAGACUGCCAGAAGUACAUUCUUCUACAAAAAGUUUCCACCAAAUAGCACGGCCAACAUCCCUUAAUAUUUCAGCACCAAAUUCUCCUCAUCGAGUGUCUCGAAAAAAUUCUCCUAGUCGACACACUAGAGCGUCAUCAUUUUAUCGACCAAAGUCAACAGCACAUUAUCUAGAAAGAAGAUCAUCACAUCCUCCACAUUCUUCAGCACCAAAUACAUUAAUGCCAACAUCACCAGAUCAGCCUAGACGACUGUCACAUACGCAACGAUAUGUUGAACAUACUUCUAAUGAUUUUUCGUCGAGACCCGUAGUUCCUAUUAGAGCGACUAGUAGAUCACCGCCUUGUAUAGAUGUGCCGCCAUCUUAUGUAUAUCCAACUCAACCAUACGCACCAGCUAUCACGAUUUCAUCACAGGACUUAGAUGAUCUUGAAAGCUAUGGCUGGAGAUCCGAUUAUUAUUAGAAUAAUUUAAAAAAAAAGUAAAAGUUCAACUCAAAAAUAAUCUUAUGCAAAAUUCUCAAGGCUUCCAAAAGUGUUAAUGCUUAUAAAUGUUAAAUAGAAGUUAUUUUAAAUUUUUUUGUAAGGGACUUGAAGUGUCCACCUUUUUUAAUUUACAUAUCUGUUGAUUAACAGCAUGUAUUUUAAAUUUUUAUGACAAUAACGAAAAAAAUUGUAUUGAAUGCGGUAUGAGCAUCAAUGUUAAUUUUAAAGAUUAAAUAAAAAAUAAAACGAAAAUCCCUAACGUCAUAGUACAGUGACGCAGUCUAAUCAGCCUCUUUGUUU